UAUCUCUGACCCAGCUUUGUUGGUUGUUCGGUCAAGAGAUGGCCUCCCGAGGCCGUGGGCGCAUCAUGUGCGUCUCCUCCAUUGCCGGCGCCGCGCCCGGGCCCCUGGUGGCCGUCUAUAGCGCCAGCAAAGCCUUCGUGUCCUCCUUCACCCUGGCCAUUCAACACGAACUCGAGCCUGGAGGCGUCUCGGUGACGAACCUGCUGCCCGGUGCGACCUUCAC